AUGGCUGCACGACUCGCAUUUGGAAAUUCACUGAAGGAACUGCGCUUCCUGUUCUGUCAGACGGGGGAAGGGAGCGCUGCUGUUAGAGCGUUCGUACGGAAGUCGUACCCGCUUAUGAAGAAACAUAAUCCUCAUACGCCGAUAUUGAUUCGUGAGGCUUUGGGUACUCCUCCAAGGGUAUUCGCGAGAUACGGUGUGUACCCCUGCCGAACCGAGGAGUGA